AUGAGUUGGGAAAACAAUAAUAAUCGCAAUGCUUAUAGUUAUAAUAUAAAUAGUUUUAAUGAAUAUAAUAAUAUGAAUAAUAACACAAACAAUAAUAUUAAUAAUAUGAAUAAUAAUAACAAUAAUAAUAUGAAUAACAAUAACAAUAAUGGCCAAAAUACAUAUUAUCAACAGCCACAGCAAUAUCAACAGCAAAUACCAUCUCCUGUACAAAAUAGAUACCAACAACAACAGCAACAACAAACAAAUAAUCAACAAAGACAGGGCACAGCUACUCAACAACCAUAUCCCAAACAGGUAAAUCCUCAAAUUGUUUUCAAUAGCAAUAAUAAUAUUUAUAACCAAACCUCUAACCCUAUAGCAAUUCAACAAUCCCCACAACAGUUGAAUAAUUUUAAACCCCUCUCGCCAUCCUCUUCCUCAUCAAUACAACCCUCUACAUCACCCCAAUCUUCAUUUUAUAAUAAUAUGAAUAAUAUGAAUAAUAUGAAUAAUAUGAAUAAUAAUAAUAAUAAUAAUAGUAAUAAUAAUAAUAAUAAUAAUAAUAAUAAUAAUAAUAAUAAUAAUAAUAAUAAUAAUAAUAAUAAUAAUAAUAAUAAUAUGAAUAAUAUGAAUAAUAUGAAUAAUAUGAAUAAUAUGAAUAAUAUGAAUAAUAUUAAUAAUAAUAUGAAUAAUAAUAAUAGUGGUAAUAAUAAUAAUACAAAUGGUGAUAAUUUUUCAAAUAGUAAUAACAAUGGUAAUGGCUAUAUCAAUUCGCCAAACAAUGAGAAGCUAUCAAGGUCACCUUUAUCAAUGAAUGCGUCUCCUAUUCAUUUCAAUGACCCACCAUUUAAAGUACCUGUACAUUUACCUUUAUUAUCUAUUACAUCAUUAAACUCAUCAAUAGACAGCAAUAAACUAAAUAGUAGUGGAGGUAGUUCAUUCAACUCCACGCCAACAAAACAACCACACCAACAACAACAGCAAGAAUAUAGUCCAUAUAAUACUUAUUCAAAUAUAUAUAACCAAGCGCAAAAUUUUUAUAGUAAUAAUAGUCCAAAAAGUACAAAUUUUUUUAUACCAGAACAAACUAAUAAUAAUUUAAAUGUAAAUAAAUAUCAAUCAAUCCCCAAAAAUAAUAGCAAUCAAUAUCAACCACAAAACACUCAAUAUAAUCAUUUACAGAGUAUCACUUCAUCACACCAACAACAAAACCCCUCACCAUCAAAUAGUAGCCAACAAAACUAUUCUCCAUCCCAUCAAAAUAUACUGCAAAAUCAAUAUCAACAUCAAAAUAUCAAGCAACCAUCCCCAUUACAACAACAGUCACAACAAAAUAUGCAACCCAAAAGAGGUUCACACGAAUAUAAUAAUGAUGAGAAAACUAAAGUUCAAAAAACAAAAAUUCCCAGCCCCCAAAAAAAUUUUAUUAAUAAUUUUCAUAUAAAAAAUAUUAAUAUUCAAAGUAACCAUGUAAAUAACAACAGUGUAAAUAGUAAUAGUAUUAAUAAUAAUACAAAUAAUAAUAUUAACAAUAACAAUAUUAACAAUAUUAACAAUAAUAACAAUAAUAAUAAUAAUAAUAAUAUUAAUAAUAUCAACAUGAAUAUGGGUAAUAAUAUUGUAAAUACUAUGAGUAAUAAUAUAGGUAUGAGUAGUAAUAACAAUAAUAAUAGUAAUAAUAGCAAUAUUAAUAAUAAUAAUAUGAACAACAUAAAUAAUUUAAAUGGCAAUAUAAAUCUAUUUAAUAAUUUUCAACAAUUAGAACAACAUCAACAGCUUUUACAAUCUCAGCUAAUACAACAAGCACAUUUACAAGACUUAAAAUUAUUAAAGCAAAAUAGUAUUUAUCUUGGCGGUAAUGAAAUCAAAGAUUUAAUGAAUCAACCAACCGAAUUCACUGAUAUAGAGUAUCCAGAAAUUAAAGGUAAAUUUAGAAUUUUAGAAAAAAUAGGUCAGGGAACAUUUAGCGGCGUUUAUAAAUCAGUUUGUCUUUAUGGACCAAAUACAGGAUUAAUUGUAGCAUUAAAACGUGUUGCCCCAACUUCAUCACCUGCAAGAAUUUUAAAUGAAAUACACAGUUUGUUAAGAGUUGGUGGAUCCCACAAUGUCUCAGCGCUAUUGGGUGUACUAAGACACAAAGACCAAGUUACAUUGGUAUUGCCAUAUUUCGAACAUGACUCUUUUAAAGAUUACUUUUUCCAAAUGACAAAUGAUAAUAUUCAAAAAUACCUAUUGGCUUUGUUUACCUCACUCAAAUGGAUACAUAAAAAUAGUAUUUGUCACAGAGAUGUAAAGCCAACAAACUUUCUAUACUCUCAAAAAAGGAACUCGUUUAUGUUGAUUGAUUUUGGUUUAGCUCAAGAAAUGCCCGAAAAUAAUGAGGCUAAUAACAAUAGCAACAACAAUAACAUCAAAGAUGAAACUACAACGAUACAAACAACCAAUAAUAACAACCCAAAACCCUCAGCGAAACAAACAAAUACCAAAAAUGAUAUAAAACCACAACAAGCCCCAAGAGCAGGCACUAGAGGAUUUAGAGCACCAGAAGUUUUAUUAAAAUUUAAUAAGCAAACAACUGCAAUCGAUAUAUGGUCAGUGGGUGUCAUACUAUUAUGUAUCAUUACUGGUAGAUAUCCAUUUUUUAUUUCGCCUGAUGAUAUGACAAGCUUAGCAGAAAUUGUUUCAAUCAUUGGCACAAAGAAAAUUAUUGAAGUAGCUCAACUAUUAGAUAAAAAAGUUCAAACAUCACAUCCAAUUCCUCCAACCUCUUGGAGAGAUUUAUCAAAACGAUUAAGGAGCGAAUCCAGCGAAAAUAAAGAGGAUGUUCCCUCUGAAUUAUAUGACCUUUUAGAAAAAUGUUUAGAUCCCAAUCCAUUUACUAGAAUUAGCGCAAGUGAUGCUAUUAAACACCCUUUUCUUUUAAAAAGUUUUAUAAACUAA